GAGAAGCAGGGUUGAAGAGCAAAAUGGUGAAAUUAUGUACCUGGAGUUUUGCAGAAGGAGGAGUGUGAGGUAGAGCAGGGACUCAGGACGAGGAGGAGUAGGAAGAGGAAGCAGCACCAAGUUCAUCCCUGAAUCUUCAGCUCCCCCACCCCAGGAAUGUUGCCUCCCCACAUGCAGCGGGUGACUGGGGAGGGGGAUCCACGAUUUUCUUGGGGCUGAAUCUUGGUGUUUCUAAGCUUUAUUGGGCUAAAUGUUGGUGCUUUGAUUUCUUGUGAGGGCUGAACCUUUCUGUUCUGGAGGGGGUUUUGGCUGAAUCUCGUUGUUUGAUUAGUUUUUGGAAAACACAAUCAGUGUUUUCUUGUUUGGUCUGAAUGUUGGUGUUUUAGAGAUUCUUACAGACAAAAGAUGACCAAUGACUUUCUGAGAUGAACUUGGGCAAGGAGGAAACCCCAGCCCAAGGCACUCUCUUGUUGUUUAUUUCCCCCCAAACAGGAAUUUUACGUGACCAAACCAUGUCCAGAUGGAGCAGGAAGAGGAAAAGCCCUGGAGAUGCCGCACAAGGAGGGGCUGCAAACUCAGUCCAGGGAGCUGCAAGGAGGAAAGAUCCCCCCAAGUGCCAGGAACACGGCCAGAGAUCCAGCCGGAGUUCAGAGCUGGGGGUGAAACCUCAUGGUGGGGAGAAGCCCCACAAGUGCUUGGAAUGUGGGAAGAGCGUCAGCCGGAGCUCCGACCUGAAGAAACACCAGAGGAUCCACACUGGGGAAAAGCCCUAUGAGUGUGGGAAAUGUGGGAAGAGCUUCAGAAGUACCUCUGACCUGAUGAAACACCAGGUGAUCCACACAGGGGAACGGCCCUACACCUGCUUGGAAUGUGGGAAGAGCUUUGGGUGGAGCUCUGACUUGAGGAAACACCAGCGCAUCCACACUGGGGAGAGGCCCUACGAGUGUCCCCAGUGUGGGAAGAGGUUUCAGACCAGCUCCAGUGUCCUCCUACAUGAGCGGAUUCACACAGAUGAGAGGCCCUUCCGCUGCCCCGACUGCGGGAUGAGCUUCAACCGCAACUCCACCCUUGUCAGUCACCGGCGCAUCCACACUGGGGAGAGGCCCUACGAGUGUCCCCAGUGUGGGAAGAGCUUCUCCAGGAGCUCUCACUUGACCCGACACCAACGUAGGCACCAGUAAGGGAAGCCCUGCGAGUGCCCCGAGUGCGGGAAGAGCUUCGUGCGCUGCUCCAGCUCCAUCCCCCAUGGGAGGAUGGGCGUUGGAUGAUCCCCAGUGACCCCCGUUGGGCAGAGCCCUGGUGAUCCGUGGUCCUGGUGAUGCGUGUUGGGAAGACACCUGGCUGGGAGGCUCCACAUCUUCC